AUGGAAGAGAUGCAAGCUUCAGAACAAGAAAUUCUGAAAUACGUACAGAGACAGCGCUUUGGUGAAGAACUGGAUAAUGCUCCUGAUGGGAUAACACCUCGUUAUAAAUCAAGCAUCAAAAGACCAAGUCCAUUGUACAAACUAGAUCCCGUUAAAGUUGAUGGUUUACCUCGUGUAGGUGGUCGCUUGAAGAAUGCAGAUAUCGCAUUUACUGCUAAACAUCCAAUCAUAUUACCGAAGAAGCAUCCAGUAAUUGACCUCAUCAGAUACUAUCACCUAGAAUCUGGCCACUCUGGACAAGAGUACGUUUUAUCACUGCUCAGAGAACAUUAUUGGAUAAUCAAGAGUAGAGUCACAGUGCGUAAGAUUCUGAGAAGUUGUUUUGCCUGCAAACGACGAUGUCAACCAGCUGCUCAACAGAUGGCUAAUCUACCGUUUGAUAGGGUGACUCCAGAUAAACCACCGUUUGCCCACACUGGUGUUGAUUGCUUUGGACCCUUCUCUGUGAAGCGUGGAAGAGCUACAGUUAAAAGUUAUGGCGUAAUCUUUACCUGCCUCACUGUCCGAGCUAUUCAUCUAGAAGUUGCUUUCAGUUUGGACACCAGCUCAUUUAUAAAUGCUAUGAGACGCUUCGUCUCCAGAAGGGGAAAGACAGAGAUCAUGCGGUCCGACAAUGGAACUAAUUUCAAGGGAGGAGAAAAGGAGAUCAGACAAGCCGUAGAGCAAUGGAAUCAAAGACAAAUUCAUGAGUUUUUCUUACAGAAAAAUAUCCGUUGGAUCUACAACCCACCUUUCGCUUCGCACAUGGGAGGAGUUUGGGAAAGAAAUAUUAGAACCGUGAGAAAGGUAAUGUCAGCUUUGGUCAAAGAACAAGUUCUAGAUGAUGAAGGCUUUACACUCUUAUGUGUGAGAUUGAAAGUAUCGUGA